UAGUUAUUAAAGUAAUAGUUUUGAAUUAUAAUACAAUUAUUAUUGAAUUAAAUAUGAAAAUUAUACUAACUUUGGCACUACUGGUGGUAACCAUUGCUAUCGUUUGUGAUGCACAGACAGCAGCAUAUGAUGAAAAGUCAGAUGAAGUUACUUAUGUACCAGCGGAGGAUACAACAACUGACCAUGAUGAUUCGGAUAAAAACAGUGAACCACAAGCUGACGAUGAUUUGGAUGAACGACGUAAAAAAAGAUUUGUGGAUCUAAUAAAAUCAAUAGCUAAUAUGGGAACAGGUAUGCUUGGCCAGGGACUGGAUAUGGUUGGCCAGGUAGCUGAUACUGGUAUGAAUGCCGUAGGUCAGGGAUUGAAUAUGGCUACAGGAUUAGCCAACAAAGGGUUGGGUAUGGGUAAACAGAUGAUGGAUAAGGGAUUUGGUAUGGCCAACCAAGCAACUGGUCUAGUAGAUGGUAUUACCGGUAGUAAUGGUAGACGACAAGGAAACGGUGGUUACAGAAACAGAAAUCGCAAACAAAAACAACGACAACAACAACAAAAACAACAAGAAGAAGUCGAAGAUGAAAAUGUUGACAAUAAUUAACAAUAGGACAGACAGAUAGACAGACAGACAGUUUAAAAUUUAAAAGUUGAAUAAAUAGUUCUACUUUUUUUACGGCUAAAAUCUAAUCAAACUUUUUUUUAACUGAUUGAUUGUAUUUUUUUAAUUAAUAAUAAUUAACUGAAUAAAUAAAAUAUUAUAA